AGGCACCGGCCGGCGCACGUCGAGGGCUGCGGCCGCCGCGGCGGGGCACGGCCACGGCCUGCGGGCCCGGGAUCCAGGCGGCGGGACGGAGGUCGAGCUGUCGGGAGCGCGGAGUCACAGGGCCUGCAGAGAUGCUAGCUGUCCCGGACGUGGGCCUGCAGGGGCUCUACAUCGGCUCUAGCCCUGAGCGGUCCCCUGUGCCCAGCCCGCCGGGCUCCCCAAGGACCCAGGAAAGCUGUGGCAUCGCUCCACUCACACCCUCGCAGUCUCCAAAGAGUCAGCCUCAGGUGACCUUGGACUAUAGAGGUAACAAGUCUACUAAGAAGCCCGAGGCCCGAGCCCCCCAGCAUGCUCCUUUCUCCGUGGUGGUGGCCAUCGACUUUGGCACCACCUCCAGUGGCUAUGCCUUCAGCUUUGCCAGUGAUCCUGAAGCCAUCCACAUGAUGAGGAAAUGGGAGGGCGGGGACCCAGGAGUGGCCCACCAGAAGACCCCCACCUGCCUGCUUUUGACCCCGGAGGGCGCCUUUCACAGUUUUGGCUACACAGCCCGCGAUUACUACCACGAUCUGGACCCUGAGGAGGCGCGAGACUGGCUCUACUUCGAGAAGUUCAAGAUGAAGAUCCACAGUGCCACUGAUCUCACCUUGAAGACCCAGCUAGAGGCUGUAAAUGGAAAGAAAAUGCCAGCUCUGGAGGUGUUCGCCCAUGCCCUGCGCUUCUUCAAGGAGCAUGCCCUUCAGGAGCUGAGGGAGCAGUGUCCAUCGCUGCCAGAGAAGGACACUGUGCGCUGGGUGCUGACAGUGCCUGCCAUCUGGAAACAGCCUGCCAAGCAGUUCAUGCGUGAGGCUGCCUACCUGGCUGGCCUGGUGUCCAGGGAGGAUGCAGAGCAACUACUCAUCGCCCUGGAGCCAGAGGCUGCCUCUGUCUACUGCCGCAAGCUGCGUCUACACCAGCUCUUGGACCUAAGCAGCCGGGCUCCAGGCAGUGGACGCCUGGGUGAGCGUCGCUCCAUCGAUUCCAGCUUCCGGCAGGCCCGCGAGCAGCUGCGCAAGUCCCGCCACAGCCGUACAUUCCUGGUGGAGUCUGGUGUUGGAGAGCUGUGGGCAGAGAUGCAAGCAGGAGACCGCUACGUGGUGGCAGACUGCGGAGGAGGCACGGUGGACCUGACGGUGCACCAGCUGGAGCAGCCACAUGGCACCCUCAAGGAACUCUACAAGGCAUCCGGCGGCCCCUAUGGCGCGGUGGGCGUGGACCUGGCCUUUGAGCAGCUGCUGGGCCGCAUCUUCGGCGAGGAUUUCAUCACCACCUUCAAAAGGCAACGGCCGGCAGCCUGGGUGGAUCUGACCAUCGCCUUCGAGGCCCGCAAACGCACGGCAGGCCCGCACCGUGCAGGGGCGCUCAACAUCUCCCUGCCUUUCUCCUUCAUCGACUUCUACCGCAAGCAGCGAGGGCACAACGUGGAGACAGCCCUGCGCCGCAGCAGCGUGAACUUCGUGAAGUGGUCCUCACAGGGGAUGCUCAGGAUGUCUUGCGAGGCCAUGAACGAGCUCUUUCAGCCCACCGUCAGUGGGAUCAUCCAGCACAUAGAGGCGCUGCUGGCGCGGCCCGAGGUGCAGGGCGUGAAGCUGCUGUUCCUGGUGGGCGGCUUUGCCGAGUCGGCCGUGCUGCAGCACGCGGUGCAGACGGCACUGGGCGCCCGCGGCCUGCGCGUGGUGGUCCCGCACGACGUGGGUCUCACCAUCCUCAAGGGCGCCGUGCUGUUCGGGCAGGCGCCGGGCGUGGUGCGCGUGCGCCGCUCGCCGCUCACCUACGGCGUGGGCGUGCUCAACCGCUUCGUGGCCGGGCGCCACCCGCCCGAGAAACUGCUGGUCCGCGACGGCCGCCGCUGGUGCACCGACGUCUUCGAGCGCUUCGUGGCCGCCGAGCAGUCGGUGGCCCUGGGCGAGGAGGUGAGACGCAGCUACUGCCCAGCGCGGCCGGGCCAGCGGCGCGUGCUCAUCAACCUGUACUGCUGCGCCGCCGAGGACGCGCGCUUCAUCACCGACCCGGGCGUGCGCAAGUGCGGCGCGCUCAGCCUCGAGCUGGAGCCCUCCGAAGGCGCGGUCCCCGGCCGCCGCGAGAUCCGCGCCGCCAUGCAGUUCGGCGACACCGAGAUUAAGGUCACCGCCGUCGACGUCAGCACCAAUCGCUCCGUGCGCGCCGCCAUCGACUUCCUUUCCCACUGAGGGCGCGCGCGCGCGGGGCGCGGUGCCAAGCCCCACCCUGUGCUGGGCCCCGCCCUCUUGCGGUCCCGGGUCUGGGGCGCCGGCUCGCGUGGACAAAGCUGCUGGUUCUGAAGUCAGCGCCUCUUCCCCCUCCCUUUUGCCCGGGAAGAUGAGGUCGCAGGAUGGGUGGGGACAGACUCUAGCUUUGGAAUUGGGCCCGGGUCCGCUGACUGGAAGGCUGAAAAGCUCUGCCAAGGGCUGAGGUCAAGGACUGGGAAAAGGUUUGUAGGACGGUGUGCUCACAGGGGGCACGUGACCUCGAAGGCAGCAUGCACCAGAAGACCAAACCACGGUUUGAACUGGGUGGGUGGAGGGGUGGGAGGUGGAGGUAGCUGGGAGAGGCCGGCCAGGGCGGCUGCAGGAGGACGGGGGAUGUGCAGAGUUUGGGCCUGAAGGGCCCAGCACAUGGACUGAUGGGCUUAGCCAGCACAGGGCGCUGGACAGAGAAACGCUACGGUGUAGAUAAAUGGCUGGAGGCUGGCACAAGCGGCACAGGGGUAUGGGACCUUCCCGGGUGUGGUACUGGCCAUCCAAGUAUGACUGCUAAUCUUUAAAGUGCCUCAAUUAACAGGAUAAUGAGAAGGAUACGGGAUGAAGGCACUUAUGAGAAGAUGUGGGGGAAGCCGGCUGGGGGGCCUUCAAUCAGGGCAAAUGACUCAUCUGAGAAGGCCCCAAGGGCAGCCUAUGAAUGACCCUCUUGCACCCUCUCCCAGCCACCGACAGUAGGAGGUUGGAGGACUGUAGGGAGACUGGAGAACUAAGGGCUGAUCCUGGCUCUGCCGUCAACUCAGUGUGCCAUUGGGACAUUACCUCCCCACCCAUGACGUGCAGCUGCCCACCUGCCUGAGAACCCUAAGGCGACAAUAAAGCAUUUAUGCUUCAGGUGGGGUAUAGCCUGCUGAUACCUCACAAGAAAGGA